UCCGCGGCGUUGCUGGCGACCCAGAAAGCAGCCGUCAUUCAUUAGAAAUGGUAUGCCGAUCCGCUGUGGGGGCCGGCCGGCGCAAACCCCCUCCGUCACCGGAUCGGCGGCAGCUGCUCGGCCCCCCGGUGCUAUUUUCACCCUCAGGAUAAAGUGAUGUGCAACCUCCGCCCGCCCGCACGGCCCCAGCAGCUCCCAGUCACACCCGAACUGCGCCAGGAUGAAGUCCAAGCCCGACGGAUUCACCUCCGACCUGGACGACCUAGACACAGGCACCGACAGCUCCAUCGGCGGCUGCAGCCCGUGCAGAGAACCGGGGGACGAAGAAGAAGAGGAGGAGGAAGAAGAGGAGGAGGAGGAGGAGGCUACUGGAGGUGACUCCAGACGCAGGAGAAGGCGCAGACGCAGCAGCAGCGCAGGGAGAAGAGCCGGUGGAGAGGUGCAUGUACCCGGAGUCAGCAAGCAGAGGCAGGCGGCCAAUGCGCGGGAGAGGGACAGGACGCACAGCGUGAACACAGCCUUCACGGCUUUACGCACGCUUAUUCCCACCGAGCCCGCCGACAGAAAGCUCUCCAAGAUAGAGACGCUGCGUCUGGCCUCCAGCUACAUCUCCCACCUGGCCAAUGUGCUGCUGCUGGGGGAGGACUGCAGGGAUGGACAGCCCUGCGUCCGCUACCAAAGCAUCCUGCACGGCUCCUCUGCGCUCAGCACUCCCUGCCUGCGGCCCAUCUGCACCUUCUGCCUCAGCAAUCAGAGGAAGCUGCUCAGAGAUGGAGGGAAGCACUCAGCUGCUAUGUGA